AUGUCUACUCAAGAUCUUGGAAAAUUGUCCGUAGUUUUGAAAGCCGUAGACACUAUAGAAGAAAAAACGAAUGCAAUUCAUGACCAAUAUGCGAAAUCAAACGAUAAUCAAUAUCAAAAUGGCGUAGAUAGUGAUGUUGUCGAUGAUUCGAAUCUUAAUUUACAAAUCUUCUUUUCAAGGCUUGAACAACUAUUACUAAUUGACCUAAAAAAUAGAAAAUCUUUAUUGGGAAACAAAAGCAAAACAUAUUGGGAUUUUUUUGCAUUAGCCUUAAAAGAUAGCAAAGGCUUAUACGAUGGUGUGUUGUACGUUCUCAAUUGUCAAGAAGUUAAAACAUCGAUUGGUAGAGGACGCCUGUUUAUUCGAUUUUGUUUGCAAAAUCAUCUCUUAGGUGAUGCUAUACAACAAAGUUUUAUGAUAACAAAAGUUGUGAGUCAGUUUUAUACAUUAGAAUGUUUAUGGAGUAAUCCCAUUUACACACAUCGAAUUAUUCAAGCUAUUUAUCAGUUGAAUGACACUAAAUUUAAUUUGUUAAAUAGGCAAACAAUAUAUGAAUUAGAUGUAGCAUGGCCAUCACAAGAAUCAAGAACACGUGCCAGAACAAUUUCUGGUUUUUCGGAUGCGUCUGAACAGCGAAACAAUAGUAUUUCAAGUUCCAUAUCUAUGGACAAUGUUGUUGGAAGCAUGAUACUUCUUGAGGAAGAUGAAUUUUCAACCUCAAUCCCAAAACGUGAUUCUGAUCUAUCCUGUUUUCAACCAUUUGUAGAUGUGUCAUCGAAUGAAGAAAAUGUUAUGCAAUCAGUUUCAUGCACAGAAGAAAUCGAUGAAACUUCUCUGCCCUAUUGGAAGCAACGUUGCCAUCAGUUAGAAACUGAACUCGAACAAAAACAACAAGUUUCCGCUCAAUCUGAUGAACUCAAUGAUAACAAUGAAACUAAAGCAGUGAUUGACAACAUAACACAAACAGAUAUAAAUAUAUUUGAAGCUGAAACACAAACAGAUAUAAAUAUAUUUGAAGCUGAAGCAGAAGCACACAAACGUGAAAAACAAGAAUUAAUUGAUGAUUAUGAAAGCCAAUUACACAUUAUUAAUGAAAAAUAUACAAAAUUAAAAUCUCAUUCAGUUGCCUUAUCCGACGAAAUAACGUCCCUUAAUUUUCAAUUGAGUUCAAUUACAAUUCAACGAUCAUCUACAGUUGAUAAAAUCAAAGAAUAUGAACAUGAAAUAUCAAGUUUUCAAUCAAAUUUAGAAUCAAAAGAUUUAAUGCUAAAACAUUUACAAGAUCAAUAUGAUUUAAAAAUAAAUAAUCAGAAAUCUAGUUUAAAAGCAAUCGAAGACCAAUAUUUUCAAAUAUUAAACGAAAAAAAUGAAAAAAUAGAAAAAUUAACACGCGAACUUGCAGAAAAAGAACAUCAGAUGGAAAAGGAACGAUGUUCAACCAUUAAUGAACGAAAUGUGUAUGAAACAUCUAAACAACAAUUAUUACACGAACUGGAAGAAAAAACAAAUGAUCUCAAUCAAGCAAGAUUAGAUUUUAACGAAAUGAAACGUCGAUUAGUAAAAGCAAUUAAAGAAAAGGCAGAAUUAUGGAACGAAAAGCAUGAUUACGAAAUAAAACUUGUUGAAGAACAAACAAAAGUUUGGAUACCAGAUGAGGAAGUUUUAGAUUGUUCUAAAUGUGGAACAGUAUUUGGAUGGACUGUCAGAAAACAUCACUGUCGUAUGUGCUACAAGAUAUACUGUUAUUAUUGCUCGAACAAUUUUUUACCAAAUUCUCGAUAUCGUAUGUGUGAUGGUUGCAACGAAAAAUUUCUUAGUGAAUUGUUGAAACCAACGCCAAUAGAUAAUGCAAACAUUUUUGAUACUGAUGUUUACAAUAAUAUUGAUGUUAAUUUUGAAGUGAGACCAGAAAAACUUGUGCCCAAAUCCUCAACAACUGUCGAAAAAACGUUACGUUGA